AUGGACAUGAUAGAGGUUGACCCAAAAUUGUUUGUAACCUGUCGUUUGUGUUUAGAAGAAAUUGGUGUUUAUCAGAUUGUACCAGAAGUUCAAAAAAAGAUCAAAUAUUGUUUUGAUCUUCAUAUAUCUCUUUUUGAUGGCCUACCACAGCUCAUAUGCAAGAAGUGUGAAUCUAUGUUAAGCCAUCAUGCACUUAUUAAAGAAAUGUUACAUAAAAAACAGAAAAGCCUUUUAAUAAAAUUGAAAGGAAAUAUUAGUUGUGCUACUGCACCGGAUCAAGAAAAACUGACGUCUUCAAUCCCGCAGAGUGAUGCUGAGAAUGAGAUUCUUGUCAACUAUAUUGAAAAAAGUCCAUUAAGCCAAAUAUCUACAAUACGUAAGGAUGAUGCUAAUUGUACCAAACAAACACCAAGUACAGCCAAGAAAUCGUCGUGCAAUUAUAUUUUUUCUGAUGUUGGUAAUACUGAACAUUUGAUAGAACGUAACAAAUCUUCGAAAAAUAGAUGGCGGAAGAAUUAUAGCAAACAAUUUGUAUGUAAAUUUUGCUCUAUAUCUCUAAGACAUAAAACGAACAUAAUUCUUCACGGUGAAAAAUGCGCUUUAAUGAAAAAAUAUUCGAAUAUGUUAAAAUGGUGUUGGGUAAAUUUGGAAAACUUUAAUUUCAAACCUAAUUUAACAGACUCUAAAGAAAAUGUUGUUUGGGAAAAGAACAAAAUUAUUAAUUCGAAAAAUCCUAAUUAUUACAUACUUUAUUCUUUAAAAACAUCGAGAAAGAGUGUAUCUGAAUCUUCUGAUGAAAAUUUUACCAGUAACAAAAAGAAACGUAAAAGGCAACGGCUAAUUUCUGUAAGUUCAAAUGAAACACUAGUUAUAGACGGUAAUUCCAAUAAGGAAAAUAAUAAAAAUAAUUGUACAGGCGAAAGUGAUAUUGAAUGUGUGACGUUAGAUGAUUCUGACACUGCUUCUACAUUAAGCACUUUCGUAACAAAAUAUAACAAUUCAGAAAUAAACGCAGAAAAUGUAAAGCACCAAGCCAAUGAGAAAAUGAUUAAUAAUAUUGUUUCUAUUUGUUAUAAUAAGUAUUUAAAGAGAUUGAAUAUCAAUAAAAAUGUAAAGAAUUACGGAAACCAUGAUUCGUUUCUACAACGAAAACUCUUAAGUAUGGGAAGAAAAAUAAUUCAUAAAGAAGGCUUUAAUCAAACUGGACUAUUGAGAUAUAUGGAACAAAAAGAUCUUGAUGUCGUUUGGAUAGAAAAAACGGAAACAAAUGUAUCUGUGAGAACCAUUUUCAAAGAGAAAAAAAGUGAUGAACUUGCAGACAUUUGGAAGAGCUUAAAUAAAAUAGAUAAUAAUUACAAAAAUAAGGAUUUUAUAGAUUAUUUCGAAAAGCUUUCUACGCCUGAAGCAGAUUCAACGAAUAGCUACUUAGUAUUUACUACUGAAGUAAUUCCACAAGAUGGACAGAAUGUAAUUAGUGGUGGAAUAGUCUUGCCACAGAAUAUCCUUUUUCCAUCUGCUAAUGACAGUUCAACUUUAAUAUUUUCAAGCCACGAUUCUAAAAAUAUACAAUCACCUGCAGGUACAUAUUCUAAAAACAACGAAAAAUUAUUAAGAUGUAUGCACGAUAAAAAAAUUGAAAAUAAUGUUCUGUAUCUACGACCUUCAAAAGAGCCAGAAAAUAACACCAUGUUACAUAAGAUACUGAAUGCCAGUCCUGUGCCAAACCCAAAGAAAUUAAGUGCUCGCAAUAUUCAAGACUGCCUUCCUGCAGUCGACACGACUGAUUAUUACAAUGAUGGAGAAAUAUCACGUGACAAGGAGGCGUCGUCCAGCGUGACCUCUGAAAAAGAAAGCUUACAUAUGCCCAUCAUUACAUCGACAGUAUCAUUAGCACCAAAUUCUAAUAAUCAAAUAACAUCCAAUGAGGAACAAUGCCCAUCGUCCAGCGUAGCUGAUACUGCACCUAAAGUGCCCGAACAAACAUUACCAAGAAUAAAAGUAAAGCCUGUUUCUGAGCUCAUGGCCGAGGUGCCAACUCACCCGAAAGGUAUUCCUACAACGGCAAACGUGUGGGCGGGGAACUCGAAUGAGAAUCAAAACGUUUAUUUACAAAACAUAGCUCCCAAACCACAACUUAAUUCUGUACCAGUGUACAUGAGUAUGGCGCAGCCUGUCAAUAACAUAUUUGCUUAUCCACAAGGACAAGCUAUACAGUUGGAUAACAUCUCACAAGGGACUUCUAGAAGUGUCGAGAGGCAAGAAGUUGAUAAUCGCGAUUAUUUUGUAAUGCACACAGUGGAAAUGCCUCACAAAAAAACUCAUUCGCCUUUCCAAUACUUUAAGGAUUUGUUAAAGAUUCACAAAUUUGAGCUGUUAAAUAGUGCGGAAGCUUUCACACCCUCGAUGUCCUGCAUCGUUAAAUUUAAGUUGGUUUUUGAACAGGGUGCUAUCGCUCCGGUGACUCUGUGCUUGUCGCUAUUCUGUGAUAAGAACACGUUUUGUAUUCAAGUGAGAGACAUAAAUUCAGAACUUUUAGAUGUGAAUAAUUUUUCUGCAUAUUGGCAAUGGGAAAUACUAAAAGGAUUCAGAGGUGUUGUUCACGCAAUGAGGCAAAAUGCCAAUAAGUAUAAUAGGGAAAUUUUUGAUAAAAUUCAAUAUUUCAUUUUAUUACUUAACACUAUUGUUGUAUCCCGAGGGUCU